CUUCGACCGCACAGUACAACACUUCACCCGCAACAAAGACAGUCCCCUCUCUCGCCUCGCAGCACGCCUCAUUGUCACCAUGGCACCAGUGAAGAUCUGCACACGCCCUUCAUGUGGCGCCACUCUGCCUCCAGUAGAUGCCUCCUCUUCGUCCUCCUUUGAGACUGCAUACGCCCUCGAAGGCGCCUGCAAACACCACCCCGGCCAGCCGGUCUUCCACGAGGGUCAAAAGUCUUGGUCAUGCUGCAACGGCGUGAACAAGCCCGUCCUGGACUUUGACGACUUUGUCAAGAUCCAGGGCUGCACCACCGUCGAGGGUCACUCCACAGAGAAGGUAAAGAAGAAGGAAAAGAAGGAGCUCUCGGAAGGGCAAAAGGGGGUGGUGGGCGAAGACGGCAAGGAGAUCUUUGGGACGCCUGUGACGAGCAGUGCAAAGAAGGAAGGACAACCAGCAGUGGCAGCACCAAUCACGACUCCCUCGAUACCUUCGACCUCCUCAGCAAAGGCGUCUACACCAUCAGCACCAGCGGCGCCGCCCGCCGAGCCUUCAGACCCGGAAGGGGUAGCCAUUCCUGCUGGCACAACAUGCAAACGGCCUGGCUGCGCAGCGACCUAUCAGGGCGCUGAAGGUACCCAAAGAGAUCGAAGCAGCGAAGUGUGUCAUUACCAUCGUGGUUUCCCCAUUUUUCACGAGGGCAGCAAGGGAUACUCUUGCUGCAAGCGCCGCGUACUGGACUUUGCCGACUUUAUGCGUAUUGAGCCUUGCAGCACAGCUGAAUCGGGCCACCUCUUCAUCCAGCCAUUGAAGAGCAAGUCCAAGCCUCAAGGCACAGCCAAUGGGCACGGAGAAGGUAGCUCCACUGGGCUCGGGGGAGACGAUCUUCUGAGGUCCAAAGGCAUGACCUUGAGAGAGGGUGAGGAGGAGAUAGACUGCAGAAUGGACCACUAUGAAACACCGGACGAGAUCAGGAUGACAGUAUAUAGCAAGGGCGUCAAGAUGGAAGAUAGCUCGAUCGAGAUCGCAGAGGAAGAUGUUCUCCUCUCCUUGUCCCUCCCUCCAGCGCCCGGUGCGACUGCACCUCGAAGGCACCUCUUGCAUCUCCCUCUGUACGCAGCACUAGAUCCUGCCGGCAGCUCCUACAAAGUCAGCCCUUCGCGCAUCAAGAUCGACCUUGUCCUUCGCAAGAAGCAGGCAGGCGCCAGCUGGCCCACACUGAUUCGCGGUGGACCACAAGCGGGGUAUGGUCUGACCUUCGGAAGAAAGUAAAGACUAGCGUUUGCAUAGAGUAGAGAGAGGGAGGUCAUCAACAGCGGGAGAGUGUCAGAUCAAGUCCUGCUCCUUGUCAUCACCACCCAGAUUCAAUAAUGAUACCGCCCUAGAUCUAAAGCACACCCGUGCCAGCACUCGAG